UGUGGCUUUAUAUCCUAUAAGGCUCUACAAGGCUCUGCAACGCACCUACCUACAAUAGUAAAGAUCUAAGCUGGUGCUAACCUGGAAGCUGCUAGGUGAAUACGGUCAAGCGCUAACUCUUUAGUUCCGCAGGGGAUUAGGCGCCUAUCUUAUCAAUUGAUUUAGUUAGGUACCUACCGCUGUACGACCAAGUUAAGGGACGACUCGCGCGCUUGGACCGAGGCACACGUCAGUUUAUUGAACAUUUAAUUCUAAUUUUGGCGGUUGCAGGUGUCUUCUUAGCUUCUAGGGGCGAGCCUUCCAAUGCUGAAUCAUAAGUCGUUGGCCGAAAUAUCCAUCCGAAACCUUCAAUAGGAUCGAAUCUUCUUCAAGAGCAUUUUAGUUCUUGAAGCUUCUUCCCUUCUCAACCAUGAUAUCAGCCUCCCGAAGAUGGUUACGCCGUAAUAGAACGCCAAUUGCUAUCGGUGUCGGCGUCAUUGGCGCUGGUUAUUUAGCGACUCAAUAUGUUCUUAGCAAGAUCAACGACGCGCGCGAGCGCAUGAGUAGCGAUCGCAUCGCGAAGGAAAACCUUCGUCGACGGUUCGAACAAAAUCAGGAGGACUGUACCUUCACGGUCUUGGCACUGCUACCGACCGCGACUUCUAAUAUCCUCGAGACCAUGAAUACCGAGAGGAUCACAUUAGAGAUCCAGCAGAUGAAGAGCAAGGGCUUACGAAACAGCGGGGAGUCAUCGGCUACACCGCCUAGCAUUGCUGAUACGACGAUGACCGAAGAAGAAGGGAAGAGCACAGUGAGUUUAGAGAGCGGCGUACAUGCGAGUCAACUAUCAUUGCCGCCCAUGUCUACUGCAGGGGAUGGCUCUCAAAAUGGCAGCCAAGCUUCCCAGAAGCCUAGCAGAAAGACCAAGAGACAGUUGUGGGAUGAUUUAACAAUAAGUUCAAUAACACGCGCUUUUACUCUUAUCUACACACUAGCUCUUCUCAGUCUGCUCACUCGAAUCCAACUAAAUCUCCUCGGACGACGAAGCUACCUAUCAAGCGUGGUGUCACUAGCAACUGGGACAGCCCAAUCAACAAUAAGCUUAGAGAACAACGACGAUGAUAACCCGGAACACGCCUACGGUAGUGACUUUGAGACGAACCGGAAGUACCUGACUUUCAGCUGGUGGCUAUUACAUCGUGGCUGGGUCGAAAUCAUGGAGAACGUUGAAGGUGCCGUCCGCGAAGUCUUCGGACACCUAAGCCCUCGUGACCUUCUGAGCUUCAAUACCUUCUCCAUCCUCACCCUCGAGGUCCGCAAGAAGAUGGAAGGCAGGUCAGAAGAGGAAAACAAGGGAGCACGACCAGGCGCCAAGUGGCUACCAUUCCUGCUGCCACCAACCAAGAUGGAAGACUUCGUUCUUAAGGAAUCAGGUGUCCUAGGAGACCACGCGCCAUCGACUGCCCAGCCGGGUGCUUCCUCAUCUGCUCCUCCUGAGACAUCUCUCCGUCGCCUCCUGGACGAGACAUCCGACCUUAUCGAAUCACCUGCUUUCACGCACGUUCUAACGCUUCUCCUCGACGCCGGUUUCUCUACGCUCCUGCACAAGAAACUUCUCCCAGGCGCCUUCGACACGCCAGGCGGAGCUUUCACUACUCCUCCUUCGUCGGAUAUGGGGGCGCUAGCAGGUCAACAGGCAGCGCAAUCAGCGGCAUCGUCGAAGAUUGUCCUACUACCUAAGGUCCUGUCGGUGCUAACGAGACAGGCACACGUCAUCGGCAACGGUAUGCCUAACGAGUACCUACAGGAUAUGGAGCAGGUGCGUGACCUUGAGGCCUUCGCGGCCGUCGUUUACUCAAGCAACUGGGAGAACGAGAUCCACCCAGAUGACGGUGCCUUCGCUGAGGCAGUUGCCAAGCGAGCGGCUACGGACGAGAAGGAAGCAGCCGGCGGUAGCGGGAGUAAGUUGUUAGGAUUAGGACCUGAGGGGAGCGGUAUGGGAAGAUUCUCGCAAGGCUCGACGGCGGGUGAGGAGAGUAUGGUUUUAAUCGAUCCUUCGCAGUCACAGUUGCAGAGCUCGUUCGAGAGCGCGUGGGGUAAGGCUACGGAUGCAAGGUAGAGUAAUGUGGGGAGGAUUGGUUAAUAAUGGUUUAGCAUGGACAAUAUACAUCACGUCUAAUAUAGCAAAAAUGGUCUUUACGUUGGCGAGCGGCGUAUUUCAUAAUAUAGGUAGUCUACGUUAAAAAGGACGGGUACGACAUUACAAAAUUCGAGGAUACCUACAUCAUCAAUACCUACAUCAUCAUAGCGUCGGUUGCGUAGCCGCUAGCAC